AUUUAAAUCUCAAAUAAAAACGUCAUUUAUUUUAGCUCCCACACGAUGUUGGAAAUUGGAUUGGGAUGAACUUGAGCAAAACCAGAAAAGAUUCUCAUCUGUCAUUCGAUAUCUUCAAGAGCAAGAUUCAGUUUUAUUAGCAAAAAAGCAUGCACCACACACCACACCCGCAGAGAAAACUUUGCCAACCGGAUUUUUUGUUUUUUUUCCCGCUAGAGAGGCUUUGCUAAUUAAGUCCAUAGCCGUCAAUGAACUUUUACUUCCUUUCAGCGAAAUUCCAGGAAAGGAAACACCAAAUGGUACAGAACAGGAAAUAAGAGAAUGCCUCGAAAGUCUAGAGCAAAAGGACAUUUACAACCCGCUUUCUGUAACAUGCGGACUGUAUUCUUACUUAUCAUCAACAAUAUCAAGAAGUAAAGCCCGACCGAAUACUAGUUUCGUGGUGCCCAUCAUGACUGGAAAUACGGAAAAAAGUAAUACUAAGAAGAAGAAAUGCUCCAUUGCGCCUGUGGCAGAAGUAGUUUCUACAAAAGGUAUAGGAACAUUAUAUGGAAAUGACUUUCUUGCAGCUUCAGAAUUAAUAAAGAAAAGAUUUAAGAGUUUUCCUGAUCAAUUUGAAUGACAGCUGAAUUGUAUUUAAAUGAUUUUCCAAAUUAAUUAAAGAUUUCUUUAUAUGCA